ACAAGGGGGCGCUGCCUGCAACGACUUCAACUUCACACGAACCUUGGUUGAGCUGCUGGCUUUGGCAGCGGUAGCCUUACCUUGCACAUAGGCGAUCUUUGAUAAUUCGAUGACGUCACGACGCGGAAAAAAAAGUGUCACUGAGUUGCGCAUCUUCGCACUUAAACACAUUGAAAGCCUUUUGCAGACUUCUCAAGAUGACGUCAGGGCACCGAAGUGCGCGCCUUGGAGGUUAGUCUCGCUGUCAUCGCUGUUUUCGGUGAGCAGUCAAACUCGGAUCAGGUCGCCUCCUGCUGGCGAGGCCUCUCGCGCUCAACCGGUGAAACAUGUGACGAGCGAUCAAUCGCACCGGGCCACACCUCCCCGCACCAUCAGCCAAUCAGAGCGCCAUCUGGAGGGCCGCCAUGCACGUGAAACUGCCGCGCUCCGAGCUGCGCGUGGACGUGUCGGGGUUUCACGCGGCGGGGGCGGCGCCCGAGUGCGUCAAAGGCAGACGCCGCCCCCUCGGCGUCAUCGCCGCCAACACGCUGCGGACGCCGCCCUGUCCACCGCCUUCGUGUUGUCUGGCCAAGGAUACCGCCGCCCUGCCGGACAUGUGGGCCAUCAUCAAGCCGGGGCACGUCCGCGAGAAGAUCGCCAUCUUCGCUCCGGAGUCUAGGCAAACGGGUUCCUCCAGGGGCGACCCCCCUAGCGUAAACCACGCCCCCUCGUUGCGGGCCGGGAAGGUGAAGGGUAGCUGGGGGCAAAGUGGCGACGCCAAGCGCCGGAGGAGGUCUGCGGGCAAACAAAACCUCCAGCGGGACCCGGGUACGCUGCCUGGACACAGACUGCCCCCCUGCGCCUCCACCCAGACUCCAGCAGUUGGUGAGAUGGAGGGGGCGGAGCAGAAGGUGUCGGUGGGCGCCAUUGUGGCGUUCCUGGAGGAGUGCCGCGCCAGCCGACAUCACGCCAAGCUCGCUAUCGCCAGAACGCCGUCUCUGGAGGAGCCAGAGAGCGUGCGGGUGUCGGAUGUGGUCGCCAAGCUCGAGUGUCUGCAGCGACGGAGCGAGGGGGGCGCUCCUACAAACCUGAGGAGGUCGGCGGGGCGCGUCCUGCUCGCCGACAGUCCCGCCUUGACCCCGCUGCCACCGCCAUCACGUCUUUCUUCCGCUCGAGAUGGCGGCCCAACGCCAAUCGGACGGUCCCGGUCGCCCCCCUCACGUGGCACCGCAGCUCUCGAGACGCCGCCCUCGCUUGAGGAAACGGAGCCUCGCCCUGGCUUGUUGUUUCUGUCUGCACCGUCGCCGCCUCCGCCCGGCAUCCGAUCAGACGAGUCGUCCAAGGUGUCCGAUGACUUCCUGGAGCAGAAGCGGCAGUUGCGCGAGCUCCUGAAGCCGCCGCCGCCGCCGCUGCCCAAUCUCGCCGCCCCGCUGCUGGCCACGUUACCGCAGGACGUGCUGGUGUGCGUCUUCGCGCUGCUGCCCACCCGCACCCUGGCGGCCCUCAAGUGCACGUGUCGCUAUUUCAAGUUCAUCAUCGAGGACUACGGCGUCCGACCCGCCGACUCUCUGUGGGUGUCGGAGCCCCGUUACCGCGACGACCCCUGCAAGCGGUGCAAGCGGCGCUACGCCCGCGGCGACGUUUCCCUGUGCCGUUGGCACCGCAAGCCGUACUGCCAGCCGCUACCCUACGGCCCCGGGUUCUGGAUGUGCUGCCGCAGCCCGUGCAGGGACGCCCCCGGGUGCAACGUGGGUCUCCACGACAACCGCUGGGUGCCGGCCUUCGACAGCAUCAGCGUCCCCGUCUGCCGCAGGGAUGCCGAUGACUGAGCUGAACGGGAAAAGAUCGUUUUAACUUUUUGGGAACUCGCUGAUGGUCGCCCCCCCCCCCCCAGCGCCCUCCCUUCGCCGCCACCCGUUGUUUCUUGGCUGAGGAAGGAGUCCCGGACAGGACUCUUCUCCACCGGGUGGCGCCCGGACCGGUGGGUCCAGUCCCGGCUGGGGACCGUCGGGGUGUGUACAUUGUAAAUAAAUAAGAGAUUUUAGACAACAACAACAAAAAAGAGUUUGCUUUAAUAAAGAGCUUUUCUUCACUUCCUCUUUGCCGUCUUUGAU